GUCAUCGCCUACUCCCGUCGUCGCUAUCGCAUCCUGGGGGAGACUCUGGACGUGGCCGUAGGGAACUGCCUGGAUCGCCUGGCCAGGCUGCUGCAGAUCCCCAACGCCCCCAGCCCGGGGUACAACGUGGAGCAGCUGGCAAAGAGGGGGCAAAAGCUGAUCCCACUGCCCUACGUGGUCAAGGGGCUCGACGUGUCCUUCUCGGGGCUCCUCUCGCACCUCCAGGCUGUGACCCCCAAGUUGUUGGAGUCGGGGGCGGCCACACCUGAGGACCUUUGCUUCUCCCUGCAGGAGACAGCGUUCGCCAUGUUGGCUGAGGUGACUGAAAGAGCUUUGGCCCUGACCAGGGCGAAGCACCUGCUGCUCGUGGGGGGAGUGGCCU